AUGGCGACUCCCUCAGACCAAGUUGCUGGUCUCCUAUCAUGCCUGAUGGGAGGAGCUCCUGAUGCUGACUCCUGCUUCAUCCGACAUCAUCAGCAGGCGAAUGUGCACGAUCUGCGAGGGAAACCUGGCGAUAGUCAAUUGCAAACAAUGGGGCAAACAGAUGAAUUCCUCACUCCCGAGUUCAACAAGCUGUCCAUACAACAGCAAUCUGUAGCGUUGGAGGACUUGCACAAUGCAGUCUCAGAACUUCAGGAGGAAGAUCCAGCAAUGAUUGACAAGCUACUUGCAGACUUGCAACAAGAACUUGACCAAGGCAACUAUCCUAUAUACGAGCUAGCGCUUUCUCAGGAUAGAUCGUACGUGGAAGAUCCCGCAUUCCGUCUCAUGUUUCUGAGAGCCAACAUGCAUGAUGUCAGGAAAUCUGCGAAGCAAAUCAUCAGCUUUCUUCAACACAAAUCAAUGUACUUUGGAAACGACAAGGUUGCAUCUGAUAUUACGGUCGAUGAUUUGACCCCAGAGGAACUAGAGCUCAUGCUAUCGGGCCUCUACCAUGUUCAAGAUGACACAGAUUGCAACGGCAGAGUGAUUUUCUACUGGUUCAACAAAGUAACAUUUGACUUCUCUGCAGAGGCUAUGAUCCGUGUCAACUACUACGUCUGGUUCAACAUAUUGAUCCCAAUUCAUGCCGUUCAAAAGAAGGGAAUUUUAUCAAUCUUUUAUGACAUUAUGGAACCAGGCGAGAGUUAUGUUAACCCUGGAAUGACAUCUCUAAUGCAAAUCUUUAAUUUCAUGCAUUGCCUUCCCAUCCGCUACUCCGGGUUGCAUUACUGCCUCAAGCUAAGGAAAGGAAAUCUGAUUGCUUGGAACAAACUGUUUCUUGAGAUUGCAGUCAAGUCAUCCCCAAAGUACGCGCGGGAAAGAUCUCGGGUGCACUAUGGGUCCGAUGUAGAAUUGCAGUACAAGCUUGCUAACUAUGGCAUCCCGCUCGACACAUUGCCAGUCGAUGUGAAUGGUAACCUGAAAGAGAGCAUUUUGAAUGUAUGGUUACACAACCACUUGGCAAAGGAAAGGAGUCUCAAGACACGCUACAGAAGUGCCAAAAAUAACGGCCCUUUAUUCCCGGAAGACGAGGAUGGGAACCUCACUUCAUCGUCGUCAGGGGGGGAUGGCGAAGGUGGAGCGAAUCGAGCGAAUAAUAACGUCGCCUCCAUCAACUCGGUGCAAGAUGGAAUCUGGGAGACUGAUGUCUUGUUUGGACGCGGCCGGUUGGUUCAGUACCAUCCCGGAAACAUGCAAUUUCGAGAGUUUUUGGGAGAACACAGAGAAGAAUACGAGAGCCUCUCGCGCAACCAACGAAGGAAAGCUUGUGUGGACCUCACAAAUGAGCUAAUCGGAAAUGGAACUCGUUUCUUGAAGCAGGGAGCGGAUGACGAAUGGAUGCCGUGUGACUUUGAAGUCGCAGUGGACAAGGUCUCGCAAUUUUACCGGACGCGGAGAAGGAGGAUCAAAGAAGAUGGAAACCUAUAG